AUGCCUAUCGAAUUAAUCAAACAUAUAUUCAAUUUUUUCUAUCCCAGCGAGAGGGGGGAUCAAAAUCGUCCAGCUCAACCGCUGGUUGGGGACCUCAUUCCCUGCUAUGACCGCUCCGGUAAUGUAAUAGCUUAUCUUCCAGCCUCUGUGCAGACCGCUCGGCCAUCACAUGCUUUAAGUGCUCCACACAUUCCAACGACUCCUAUCACACAUAGAACUGUGCACUCCGCCUCAAACGCUCCAUCCCUCCCUCGACUCAUGAGACACCACUCCCAGGAGAUCUUUGAUCUUCGCACAGACACAAAACAUAUGCCACACCGGCGUACCCGAAGUGCUAGUCCUUCUACAGCCCGAGCAAAUCAACGCCGCGGUCCAGAUCAACCAUCCGACUCUCUACGUCCCAAAUCUGCCGCUGGUGACCAGAUCCUGACAGAUGACCUGUGGGACCCAUGGCCGGACGGAGAUUUUGAAAGGUUAUUCACGUGGGAUGAGGUAACAAAAACUAAUAAUCUCGCAUCCAAAAGAAGCAUUCUAUUGCGAUGGAUGCUCAACACAGCAGUCAAAAGCCGUGCUGCCAACCCGCAAGAGCAGCAGGAAGGCCACAAGCAAGAAGAAAAUGGCUCCGCUUCAUACGCGUCUGAUGUUUGUCUUUUGACCUGCAAAGGGGCUCUUGCUCGUCUUGGCAAGUAUUGGUAUCCUGUGCGGCUGAUUCAGUCCUAUGAGACUGCUAGUCUCCCUGCUACUGCACGCAACCGAGUACGCUGGCAGGUGAUUUGGUGGCGCGGUUGCAAAUUCCCAUCCAGUCUCGGACCACCUCCUAGUGAUGUCGAGCAAGGAGAUCUCGUGGACGAACUCUGGCAGGACCAAUCUAAGAGGGCGUGAGAUUCGCCUCGGAGAAUGGGUCCACUCUUGGAUAACCCCUCGCUAAGAAGACUUGAUUCAAAAUUUUAUGUCAGCAGAACCAUCGAAGGAAUUGGACGACAUUCUACGACCUCAUAUUGCUUCGAUUC